AACUUCCGGCGCAUACUUCCGGUUUUGUGCACGUGUACUGUUUCCGUGUUAAAACAUUAACAUUAUCAUGACAGACAGAAAUAGAAAUAAGCUUCCCAAUAAUCUUCCACAGCUUCAGAAUCUUAUCAAAAGAGAUCCUGGAUCUUACAAGGAUGAGUUCUUGCAGCAGUAUCGACACUAUGAAUCCAACCUGCAGAUCUUUCAGCUUAAACCAUCACAAUAUUCAAAAACACUUGAUGAACUCAUCAUGUUUCUUGCCCAGAUUUCUCAGUGUUAUUCAGCUGAGCUUUCUGAGUUUCCACAACAACUUAAAGAAUUGCUUCAAAGACAUUCUACAGUUUUAGAUCCAACAAUGAGACUGUGUCUUGUUAAAGCUCUAAUUCUGCUGAGAAACAAGAACCUGAUGGCUGCGACCAGCGUACUUGAGCUGUUCUUCCAACUGUUCCGGUGUCAGGACAAGGUUCUGAGGAAAACACUCUACAGCUACAUCGUCAACGAUAUCAAAAACGUCAACUCCAAACACAAAAAUGUCAAACUUAACAAAACAUUACAGAACUUCAUGUACACAAUGUUACGAGACAGCAAUGCUGUGGCUGCUAAGAUGUCAUUGGACGUGAUGAUUGAAUUGUACAGAAGAAAUGUGUGGAAUGACGCAAAGACUGUGAACGUCAUAACAACGGCCUGCUUUUCAAAAGUGGCCAAGAUUCUGGUAGCAGCUGUCAAGUUCUUUCUGGGCAAAGAUACUCGCGAUGAUGAUGACAGUGAUGAUGAGAAACCUGAGAAGUCAGCCAAAGAGCUGCAGCUUGGUCACAGAGUCGGUAAAAAGACAAAAAAAAGACAAAAGAAAUUAUCCAGAGCCCUUCAAUUUUUAAAAAAACACAAAAAGAAAAAGUCCAAACCUGAAGUCUUCAGCUUUUCUGCUCUUCAUUUGAUACAUGAUCCACAAGAUUUCUGUGAAAAAUUGUUCAAGAAGUUGGAAUCGUGUAAUGAACGGUUUGAAGUGAAAUUGCUGUUGAUAGACUUUAUAUCAAGAUUAAUAGGGAUUCAUCAGUUAGUGCUGUUUAACUUCUACCCAUACAUUAAACGGUUUCUACAGCCACACCAGAGAGAGGUCACCAGACUGCUGUUAUUCGCAGCACAGGCCAGUCACGAACUCGUGCCACCUGAUAUUCUGGAAGAGGUCAUGAUGACCAUAGCUAACAACUUUAUAACUGAACGUAAUUCCAGUGAUGUUAUGGCAGUUGGGUUGAAUGCUAUUCGUGAGAUGUGUUCUCGGUGUCCACUGGCAAUGAGUGAAGAUCUGCUGAGGGACCUGGUGCAAUACAAAUCACACAGAAUAAAAUCUGUGAUGAUGGCAGCCAGAUCAUUAAUAUCCACAUUCAGACAAACUAAUCCAGAAAUGCUACACAAGAAAGACAGGGGUCGACCCACAGAGGCAACUAAGGAUUUCACCCUCUUAAAAUAUGGAGAGAAAAACACGAAGGAUUUCAUUCCUGGAACAGAGUGUCUUCCUGAUCAACAAGAGGAAGUAAAAGAAGAUAAGAAAGAUAACUGGGAUUCGUGCAGCGAUGAUGACAGCAGUGACGGGGAGUGGAUCGAUGUCCAUCACUCAUCAGAUGAAGACGAGGUGAAAACUGCAGACAAUGUUCCUUCAGACCCCACAGAACAGAAAGUAAAGGCGCAGGAAGUGUCUGCUAGUCGUAUCCUUACACAGGACGACUUUAAGAAGAUCCAGCAACAUCAGGCUGCUAAGGAGGUCGAUUUGAAACCUUCUCAUAAGCGCAAGCAUGUAGAGACUGAAGAACACAAUGAAAGUGGUGAACUGCCAAAUCUCUCGGCUAUAGAGAAUGUUCACAAGAAAAAGCUGCAUGAUCGGGAAUCCAGGAUGGCAACCAUCAUGGAAGGAAGAAAAGGAAGAGAAAAGUUUGCACAUGGUCGACAAAAGAUGAAUCCAAAUGCAAGUACGACAAACAAACAGAAAACGAGGAACAAGCCCUUUAUGAUGGUCAAACAAAAGAUGAAAUCCAAGGGCAAGCGAUCCUUCAGAGACAAACAGAUUGCGUUGAGAAACUCCCUUCUGAAGAGAGCCAAGGCUGGGAGGAAAUAAUGAACUCUGGUUUAUUUGUGACAAAGCAAUGUAUAUUUAUGUAAAUAACAAUAAAUACAUAAUUAUUUCUUGAAA